GGAUGCUCACUGCUGAUGAUCAACACGGAAGCGCGUCUGCAGCUGCGUUCGCUCUGGGCUGGUUGGCCCAGGUGAGGUGUGUCCCCAGCUACAGAACGGACUUCCUCAACAGAUUUUCAGUGUGACUGGUCUCCGCCCACCGAGAGGGCUCCUGACUGGAACCCUGCAACUCUGACUUGUCCCCGGGCGCAACAUUCGCCCUCCCUUCAUCAGCCCUGUAGGCUACGCCUCUUCAGUCCUGCUCCCUUAGCAAUCUGUAGCCGAGAACACCGGGAGGAGAGGCCACGAGUGUCUCCCGCCCGCAAUCCGACGGAGGUGGGGUUUAGGGGCCGGCUGACCUGAUGGGCGCUGCAGCCCUGGUGGGGGAAGGGACCGUCCCUGAGGCCUGCCUGAGACAAAGACCCUGGGGUCUUUGUUUGAAGCGCCUUACUCUCCCCUCCCCCAAUGGGCCCAGUGCCUUCCAGAGCAGCCCUUCUCUCCCUGAAGUGGGCCCCUGCUUUAACGUCUAACCUGUGUCUCGGGUGGGCUAAAUCAAGCCAGUCCAGCCCCAAGUGGUCUGUCCCAAUCACAGAGAGCUGUGGGAGCUGGUCCCCAUGCCCUUGUGGCUGUGGACGAGACAAGGUAGAAGGAGCCUCUCCUGGACCUCACAUGUUCUGAAGGAGAAGCAAUGUCCUCCAGGGUUCCCUAUUGGAACCACCAUUGGAAAGAGCCCAGAGUUAUGGAGAUAGGCACAGGAAGAUAGGCUUCCAAGGGUUAGGUAGAUGGCUGUCAUACACAGGCUCAUUUAUUGGCCAGGGUUAGUACAGCCACUCCAGUCUCUUUAGCACCAUCCUCACCUGCUCACCAGCUCAGAUCCCUAGAACCUUUUACAUACUUAAGACACACAUACAUGCUGAAUUCACUCGCAGGACACCAAUCCCCAGUACCUACUGGCUAGGGACAGGUUCCAGGGAUCUGUAUAGUUCCUUGGAUCCCUUCAGCUUUGCUGGGCAGGUAGUAACCUAGCUUACAUAUCCAAACCACACCGGCACAGAAUGCACUCAUGACCCUGAGUGUUGUCUUCCUGGAGGCUCCUGGUAACAGAUACCCUCCCCCUCCCCCACCCCCAGGUGCAGAAAUCCAUGGCAACAAUAUAGAACACAUCCCUCCCUAGGCCUUCUGUGGGUUUAGGCCUCAGCUCCUCACCAACAUCGAGCAUGGCCCCUAAGUCUUGCCAGGAGUCUGAAGAUGAGCAGGUGUCCCCAGCUCCAUCAGGUGUAAAGCCAGACAGCAGAGAAUUAGAGUCCCCAGGUGGCACACCUCUGGACACAGUAGCUCCUUCGAGUUCCCAGAGCAGUAAGCCCUACUGUGCAUCCACACCAGUGGGCUGCUCUGCCAAGCAGCAGUUAUCUCCUGAAACCCUGGACCCAUGUACCCUGAGGCUCUUAUGGGAACAGAGAGAACUAGAGAUCCAGGCACUUCGGUGGGCUGUCCAGAAUGACCAGAAUGCCCGAUACUACCACAUCCUGCAAGAGGUGGCAGGGAUCCCCCCUGAGCGGAACUCCAAAAGUCAAGACAAAAUCCUGCAGAACCAGGUCCAGAAGCUUACACUAGAACUGAAAGCACAGAAGGAACAAGCUCAACUGGAGAAAGAAAGCUUGGAGGAAAAACUACAGCAGAACCUCUGUGCGAUACAGCAGCUGGAGGCUGAGCUGCAGACUUUCCAGAAAUCAUGCCUUCUACAGCUGGCCCGUUCCUCUUGGGUGGGACGCAUGCUUCGGUCUCAGACUGGCAGUGUGGAGGUGGUCACUGCAGAGGUUCUAAAGGACCCUAGUGACUCUUCUGAGUAUGCUGAGGUUCCCACUGCUGGAGAGGGUUUCCGGUUGGAGGAUGUAGACUGGAACAGCAUUGCCCACCGAUAUCCCAACCUCUUCUCCAACAUGAGUUAUCACUCAGAUCAUAAGCUGCCCCAGCCCCAGCAGUCCUCUGAAAUGGAUGCCUCGGACUCGGAGAGUGUCAAGCAUGUGGAGAAGCCUGGCAAAAGCCUGGAGUGGAGUGCCUUGCCUGUGGUAGACAACAGCAGCUCAGAGGGUACAGACUCUGACUACAGCAGCUGCCAGUUAGUUCUGCAUUCUGGAGGAAAGGUGGUGACAGGCCACUCACCCCAGGGAACAGACUUAACUUCUGAGCAGAUGCAGGAAUCCACUAGGAGCGGCAGCGGACACAUGGAAGAUCUCCAUAAAAGCCGCUCCCCCUCGGAUAGCAAGACUGUUCUGGAGCCCUUUGCAGACCUUCACCUUCAGUAUGCAAGGCCCCAGUUGAACCCACUUGGCUGCUGCCUGAAGAUCGCUGCGGUUAGCUACCGAGAGAGGUUCAUCCGUAUCCUCAACCAGUCUCAGGCAGAGACUGUCGACCUAGGCGGCUUUGUUCUGCGGCAGUUUGUGAAGGACUUCCCUGUGUGCAUGUACCGCUUCCCACCUGGCACUCUGCUAGCCCCACAGCACCAUAUCACGGUGUGGGGUGAAGGAGCCAGCAGGACCAAGAAGCAUCUGCCAGUGUCCUCAGGCCAGGAUCCCUUCCACUUCCAAUCUAGCCGAGGUUGUGUGACAAUGCUAGUCAACCCCCAUGGCCAGGUCCUCAGUGAGCAUCAAGCUGCACCCUGUGUGACCCUGGGCUCGAAGAUCUUCACUGACAACACUGACUGGUCCAUUGACCGCUUCCCGCUCCCAGAGUCCGAGCCCAAUGCUGACCAUGGUGAAGAACGGCAUCGUCCUUCAUCCCCACACAAGGGCAGGGUGCAGUAUGCUAGGGCCAUGCGCAAGAAGCCAGGGCCAGGUGUUCACCAGCAACGCACUAGUGGACUGAGGACUUCAGGAUCUCUUCGCCCCACUGAGACCCGGGAUAUCUUGCCACUCCUGAGCACCCGAAAGCUUCUUCACCUCGGAGAAGUUCCUGCACAGCAGGAAGGCAUGAAGACUGAGACAUCGGAGCUUCUGCCUGCAAUCCCAGAAUGUCCCUCAAGAGUGUGCCUCGAGGACUCACAGGGUAGGCAGGAGCGAAAAGUCCAGGUGUGCCGGAAAAGCGUGGACCUGAGUUGCCCCAUGGUGGCCCUGUCAGUACAGAACUCAGCCGAGAGCAGAUAUGGCUUCCGCUUCCUCUGCUACCCUCCCAUCACUGAGGAAUUGUUCCGGCGGUUGUAAGGCAGCCAGGUCAGGCAGGCAGUGCCAGCUGCAUAAUUUAUUGAACCAACCAUUGCUUAUAAAGUAAAGCACAUUUCUGCA